AUGUUAGAUUCUUUUAGUCCAAUCGAAUUGGCAGCUCAUCAAAAUAAUUUAAAUAAUUUGAAUACACUCAUUGAUGAAUGUGGAAUAAUUGAUGAACCAACCGAAUUUAAAUUUGGUGAUCAUGGUACUCCACUAGACAUUGGUAUCCUCAACAACUCAAAGAUUUUAAUUGAUUCUUUCAUUAAGAGUCCUGACGAUUCAAAUGUUCGUUGGACUAAAGUGGUAGCAUCAGAUAAUCCAAAGAAUUUGGUAUUGUUGGAGAAUCAAACAGAACUCUAUGGUAUCGUUCCAAAUCUCAAAUUCAAUGCACUUCACAUUGCUGCAUAUUACAAUUGUCAUAAUAUUACCGAAUACCUCUAUCAAAUCGGUAUAAAUGUUAAUGAAGUUUGUGGAAUUGAUUCCAUGACCCCCAUUCAGCUUGCAUCUAAUUAUAACAAACCCCUAUUCAUCAAGAGUUUGGUCAAUGCCAUUAGAAGUAUUUCGGUGGACAAUGAAUAUGUCGACUCGCUACUAAGACCUAGUGGUGUUUCAGGUGGAAGAAAUGCACUACAAAUUUCAAUGUUUAAAGACAACUUUAUUUCCUCGUAUAUUUUGAUGCAAGCAUCAUCAGAUGUUUCAGAAGGUCAACCGUCCAUCCAACUUCUCAAAUUCUUCAAAGCAAAUCCACAUUCAAUUGCUUGGUCAAGAAUCGAAAAUACACUCCAAUAUCUAAUUAUUUUUGGUGAUAACUCUUUAUUCCAACUUUCUUCUGAAGAAUUGAAUAUGUACCAAGCCACCCAAUUUAAUUCAUUUUAUAAUUUGGCAUCGAGUAUCAAAUGGAGUGAUAGACUUUCUUAUCAAAGUAAAUUCAAUAGAGCCCUUCAUUUUGGAUUUACAGAGUCUCAAUCAAAAGAUAUCUUAAAUUCAGACUGGUUAGCUCCAUUCACAACAAUCCCACCCAAACCAAUCAAUGAUUCAGAGUGCUCAGAUAUUCUUCAGCGGCAAAGUAUUCAAGUUACAAGUCACCAUUAUGAGUUCUUGAAAUCAAUCUUGAGUGAAAAGUCAUUAUCGAGGUUGAAUGAAUUUAGAAACAAUGAACAAUUGGAGAGAUAUUUUAUUUGUUUGCAAACAAUGUAUGAACAUCCCCAGAGAACAAAUUUAAUUCAAUUAUUCGAUAAAGUUUUUGGAAGACAAUGGCCACUUGAUAUGCUCUUCAAAACAACAACUUUUACAGAAGUCGUGAUUGAAAUCAUCAGUACCAAUAAUACUGCAUUGUGGAAUUGGUUCAUCAACCACUUUACAUUAAGAUUAAUAUCAUCGAUCGAUGAAAAAUCUAUAAAUUUGGCAAUUUUUAGAAUGAAAAAAUUCAUUAAUCUUUUGUUGCACACCAAGAAUAAGAUUCGAUCACUUGAUCACCUUUCUUAUCCUCCCACUGAUCUUCAGCUUUCAUUCCAAAGUGAUACUGGAAUUGCCAAUAUGGAAUUGGCAAUUAAAUCUCUCAGUAUUCAAGAUAAUCUAAGAUUUAUUCAAGCAUCACUACUUCACAACCUUCCAAAGAACAGAGAAUAUAUUGAAUACUGCAUCGGUCAAGCUCAGAUUGAUUCACUUUUAGUUUGUAGACAAGUGUUUGAAGUCUCCCAUUUAUCAGCAUAUAGUAAAAACAACAUUGAAAAACAAACACUUCAACUCCCAUCAACAUGUGGUUUGGCAAUCAACUCAACAUUCAAAGGCUUAUUAGGAUGUGUAUUGGUUCCAGUACAUGCAACAUUUAUGAAUAACUUUAUUACCAAUAUUAGAAUUAUUCAAAUGUUUGACAAUAUUUCCGUUCCAGUUGGUUGUAAGCUAGCACUCAUCCAAUACUUUAUUACUGUACUUGCACAUCAUAAAUUUAAUAUUAUCUCGAGAAGUGAUAUACUUGACUCUUCAAGAGUAGAGUGGGCUAGGGAAAUGCAAAAGAUCAUUUCUUUAGUUCCUCAGCUUUUAAAAUCGAUUGGAGUUACAUAUUUUUCAAAGCUUGUCAAACUUGUAGAGAACAAUCACACAUCAUUUAAUCUCAUGUCAGAGAAAUCAUCUUCACUUAGACCUUUCAUUGAUUUGACCGACAAUAUUCUAUCGUCAUGGGCAGAGAAUAUUCCAAAAUCUAAAAUAUUGAACGCCAACACCUAUGAAUCAUUGAGAUCAAUAUUUAGGGAAGAGCAAGAUAAAAUAAUCAAAGCCAAGAUUAAUCAGAAAUCUUUUGUUGAAGUUAUCAAGAAUUUUAAAGCACCUCUAAACAUGAAUCCUCUUCCAAACCAACAUCUUGCUCUCCUUGAAAAGAUCUACACUGAGGUCGAAAAGAAUCAAGAGAAACACAGAAACCUCUCACAACAACAAUUGAUUAACAUUUGUAUUGAAUCAUCAAAUCAAUUGAAAUUUGAUAAUUCAAAACAAUUAUUCAAUCUUAAGAAUGUCAAAUCAUCUGUAGAAAUCUUGUCUGCACUUAGAUGGUUGAUUUAUCUCAGCUUUGGAAUAUAUCCAUAUUCGACCCAAAUGUGCACUGUCAUUGGUUUAUUGUUAUGUAGAGAUGGUAAUUCAGAUUUAGGUGGUAGAAUUGCUCAAGUUUUGACUGGGGAAGGUAAAUCAACAAUAGUUACCCUUUUAACAUCAUAUUGUGGUUUGCUUGGAAAGCAGAUUGAUGUUAUCACCACCUCUGAGUAUUUAGCAUAUCGAGAUUUCAUCAAAUAUGAAUCAUUCUAUCAACUGAUUGGAAUUUCAUGCUCUCAGAUCACUGGUCAACUACCACCAGAAUCAGCAUUCAAUGCGCAAAUUUUGUUUGGUACUAAUACAAAUUAUGAAUUUGCUCUACUUAGAGAUGAACUCUAUGGUUCCAAGAAUUUGUUCACAGAUGGAAAACCACGUCUCAAAGAGAUUGUCAUUGUUGAUGAAGUUGAUAGUUUAUUUAUUGACUCUGCAUUCAACUCAGCAAGAAUGGCUAUACCAUCUCAAGAACACCAUGGUUUCAUCUAUCAACCAAUUUCAAACUAUGUUAAACAACACUUGAUCUCUUGGGUGGUUGUUGAUGAAAACGAGAAUGAUGAAGAAAAAGAAAAACAAAUCUCUCAGAGUGUCAAAGAUUCCCAUAUCAAAGAAGGAAGAGAGAUUUUGAAGAAAUCAGUGCAAGAGCUUCCUUAUGACGAAAAAACCAAAUCACACACUCUUGAAUGGGUUCAAUCAAUGAGUGACCAAAGAAUUAAAUUAAUCUUGUCAUGUGCAAUCCAAUCGUUCUUCCUGAAAGAGGGUAUUGACUAUGUAAUUACUCAAACUAAUGAACAUGGUCAAAACUUAGGAAAUUCCACAGUGGUGAUUGUUGAUAAAGAUAACACUGGAAGACUGAUGAUUGGUUCAAGAUAUUCUGAUGGUCUUCAUGAAUUCAUUGAAGUCAAACAUAAUCUUCUUCCAGAGAGAGAUAGCUUAACUGCAGCUGCCAUUUCUCAUCCAUCGUUCUUUAGCAUGUAUGAUACUAUUUUUGGUCUAACUGGAACUUGUGGCGAAGAACAAGAGAGAGAAGAAUUGAAAUCAAUCUACAAUGUUGAUACCUUCGAUGUGCCAAGUUAUCUUCCAUCAAAGAGAGUAAAACUUCAAUCAUUGAAAUUCGAUGACAACGAAGAAUACCAAAAGAGAGUCAUCCAAGAAAUCAAGGAGAAUCUCUCACUAUCUCGACCAGUUUUACUAUUGUUGUCAACCAUUAAUGAUUCUCAAACCUUUACUGAACUACUUAAAAAUGAAGAAGGAGUUCAUAGAAUUCAAACAUUGAAUGAAAUGCAAAUGGAAAAUGAGGAAGUAAUUAUUACAAGAGCUGGCGAACCUCGAACUCUUACCAUCGCCACCAACACAGCAGGUCGUGGUACUGAUAUAAAGUUAACAAGAGAAUCGUUGUCUGCUGGUGGAAUUCAUGUGAUCUUUGGAUUUUAUCCAUCAAACAUUCGUGUUGAAAAUCAAGGCUUAGGAAGAGCAGGUAGACAAGGUCAACCUGGUUCAUGUCGUAUCAUUAUCUCUAAAGAAGAUAUUGCAAAAUCUAGUCUAGGUAAUAUGCUAAAAUCAUUUGAAGAUUUCGACCAUUUCCGAUCUUUGAAAUGCAUUUUAGUUUCUGGUUCUCGUCUCCAAAGAAGUAAAAUUGACCAAUUGCAAUAUAAAUUAUUAGAAAAAUUCUUUUCAUUGAUGAAACUCAUUAGAACCUCAUGUACUGUUGAAAAUCUAUCGACCCUUAUCCAAUCGGUUAAAAGUAAAUCGACCUCUAAAUGUAACUGCAAUAAUCAAGAGCAACUUAGGAGAUUCACAGAGUCGUUGGCAUACCAAAAUCUCAUUGAAGGUACAUAUAAACUUGAUAUCAACAAUCAUUCAUCUGUGGAAACAUUCGCAAUUCGUCUAUCAACUGCCAUUAAAGAAUUUUACUUACAAGAUUGGUCAGAAAUAUUUACAUCUCACUUUAACAUUUCCAAUCACGAUGAAACAGUUUAUCAAUUUGAUUUAUGGUGGCUCCUAUCUGGUGCAUCGUGCAUUGAAGAAAAUAUCGAUGAUCAUAUUGUAUCAAUUUUAUUAACAUUACAACAGAAAUAA